UUUCAUCUUCUGCGAUGAAUCCUCUCGGUGUUCGCCGCCGACGGAAGUUGGCCGUCCCCUUCUUCUCCGUAGCAAGCACUGUGCAAGUCUAGCCCGACGGACGUGCUGGAUCCAGACCGCUGGGAUUCUUCAUGCAGGCUUGCGACAGAUGCCACGCGCGCAAAACGCGAUGCGACCGGCGGAUCCCACGUUGCGGCGGAUGCGAGAAGGCUGGCGUCCCCUGUCUUCAUGUGGACAAGCUCCGGUCCCGCAACCUGCCUCGCGCCUACGUUGACGAUAUCGAGGGCCGUCUAAGGGCUGCGCAAGGGGAGAUACACCAACUUCGCGCACAGCUCGCGCAGACAGGAGGGCUGAAUUCUUCAACCACUGCUGAAGUCAAUGACUUCAAUCAACUCGAUCACCCCGGCGAUGGCGGUGCAUCAAUCAGUCCAUCAGUCAACGUCGGGCGCACGGACGAGGAUGCUAUGGCUACCGCAGCGAUGGGCUCCAGCGAGACACCGGCCGACGAUGCGGUCGCAAGUGAGGUGGGACAUCUCACGUUGACGAUGACUGGCGAGACACGCUUUCUGGGAUCUAGCAGUGGCAUUGGACUUGCCAGUAUCAUCAGCGGCCUCUUUGGGGCUCAACGAGCGUCGUUCAACCUUUCAAAGGAGGAUGGCAGCUCACAAGACGGGCAAGAGUCCCGAACGAAUGCCUCACCUAUUGAGUCGCAGCUCCCUGCUCGAGAUCUCGCCAUGCAAUCCAUCGAGGCCUACUUUCAACACACUCACAUCUCCUUCCCCUUGCUUCAUCGACCGACGUUUCUCGCUGCUGUGGAACGAAUCUACAGCGACCCUGUGAACUACCCUGGACGAUCUUUCGACGAGUUUGCUUUUGAGAUGGUCCUGGCCAUCGCAGAAGGCAGCUUCAAUCGAUUUCCCUACUCCGCUGGCAGUGCAGCCAAACACUGCGCGCGGGCAUUGGCCAGAAUGCAAGCCAUUCUGGACAUGCGAGGGUUGAUACCUCUUCGUGGAAUUCUAUUACUCGGCCAGCAUCUAAUAUUCAGCAAUAUGCUCAACACCACUGCGAGCAUCUGGCAUCUCAUUGGCAUUGCCGCGAGGAUGUGUGUUGAGCUCGGCUUACAUCUGGAUCCUACUCAUCGUCCGGGUGCAAAUCAGAAUGGGUCAAUAUCUUUUGAAAUGGAGAUGCAAAGGCGUACCUUUUGGUGCUUCUACAACCUCGACAGAGUUGUUAGCUUCACGCUCGGCCGACCAACGGCGCUGGCAGAUGAGAACAUUGAUACUUCAUUUCCUACACCUCUUGACGACGACACGUUUGGUCCGGAUAAUCCAAUCACCACUCAGAUGUUGCGCGAUGGCCGCGAAACGUCUCCUUUCCUUCAACUGAUCGAAAUCAGACGGCUGUCUGGCCAGAUUCUCAGUACCUUCUAUUCAGCCAGGCGUACAGGGGAUAUUCCCCUAGACCAGAAACUACAGACGCGUGAGCACUACUACGACCGAAUCAUGGCGUGGAGGACCGGCAGUCAGUCACUGCAUUUGCCAAGUCCACAAUCAAGAGGCGACAAGUUUACGUCCUGCUUCCUGACUCCAACCUGGUGGGAAGCGGUGGCCAACAACGCCCUCCUACUUCUAUACCGGCCAUCUCCUUACCUCCCGGGUCCAGUGGUACCAACAACCCCCGACGGCAAGCCGGGAGACCUGCAGCGCUUAGUAUUUGCGGCAAAGACGGCAAUCACCUCGUAUUCCGACCUCCACCGACGACGAAACCUAAACUACUCUUGGAUCACGCUGCACGGCAUCUUCCUCGCCGGCCUGACGUACGUGUACGGCAUCCGGCUAGCGUUGGAGAAUCCGGCGCAUCAGGUUGCUCUCCCGGAGUAUGUGCAGAUUAUCGACGACACGCGCACUUGCUCCAACAUGCUGGUUGCAAUUUGCGAGCGCUGGAGCAUCGCACGGAGAUCGUGUGACAUCUUUGACCGGCUUAGCAAUGCCGUGAUUAAAGAUGCGAUUAACGCCAGCACAGGGUCCACGAGACCUAACACCACUCGGCAAGAGCAUGCCGAAGCACAUCCACAUGCACACAGGAGUGGUGGAAUGGAGUUCGCUAGCGCAGCACCUGCUGUGGAGAAUGCUGAUGGUGAGGGAGCCGUGCUAACCGAUCCCUUCGACCCCGCGAAUAUGUUCGCGUACAACAGCGAUCAGGCGGGCAACAUGGUCUGGGCAGACGAGAUGUCGGAGUUUUGGACCGGUCUAGACCGUCUGUUCUCCGAUGUUCCGACUUCACCGCUGAUGGACUGGGUGGAGAGCAGUUAGCAUGACUCGUAGACGACUUUAUGCCAACCCUUGUAUGCAAU